AUGAACCAGCGAGUACUGAGCGACCCUGGCAGUUCUGGUGACCACCUGGAGGAGGGCGGUGAAUCUAAUAUCUCCUCGAUCCAGCAGGCUUCUGGUGAUCCGAUUGAGAACGACGUGGGUUAUCUGGACUUUUCAUGGGGCGAAUGGGGUGACCCGUUCCCGUCAGCGACAUUCGGACAAGUUGUACAAGACCUUUUACUGCAAACAAGUCCAGGGCAAGUUUCUCUACCGAGCGACAUAUUUCCAGAUCCUAGCUCAACCUACUCCUUCUUCAAAUCGAGCGUGAACCUGCCAUUCAUUACGCCCUGGGACUCGAUGAAUUGGAAUAUUGCAAAAGGCUAUAUAUGCCACUUGGCAACGAGUACUCCGGCUGUAUCUGCCGCUAUUCAAGCCAUCGAAACAGCGUACCAGAGCCUUCUUGACGACGGCGACAUAUCACCCGGUUUGUCGAGAUAUUUCGCCGCCAAGACCCUCUAUAUAUCUCUUCAAGGCGAUCUUACAUGCGACCUUGAGCUGGUGCUCAUUACAGGUUUCCUGUUGGCAUGUUUUGAAGUCGUGGUUCAACAAGAAACUGUUCCAAGUCUUCUGAAGCAGGAGGGUAUGUUGAUAAAGCGUCUUGAAGAGUGCGCCGAGCCUCAGACCUGGUCUUCUCUGGCAAGAAGAAUAAUAUCGUGGCUGUAUCUGUUACAUAGCAAGGCCAUGCAUCUUGGAGGGCGUGGGAUACUCAGCCCAAAAGUCAUUACCCUUCUUCAGAAGAGCCAUCACAUCUCUUCUCUGACGUGUUUACGAGUCGGCCAUGCUACUAUUGAAGAGGCUGUAAACGAUUCAAUUCAGCAGUCAUUGUUUCACUUUUACUUCGAGCUUCAGGACAUUAGUCUUCAGGUUUCGUGUCUGAAUCGGCAUCAUCGAUCGCGCGGUACUUUGAAGGACGAGACGGCCGUAGACACGAUAUCAAAGACCCUCGAGAAGCAGCUGCAAUGCUUAUGGGAAGGCCGACCUCUUUUAAUUGAUGCACUAAGUGAUGAAGGCGGUUUCGCACAUGGGCAAGAUGCUACACUGCCCUCUGAGCUCAAUCUCGUGGCUUGUCUGUGUCGCAUAUGCUACCAUGCUGAAAUUAUCUACCACGCACGAGCCUACGGGCGAUCUCAACCGCUUUCUCCUUCUAUUCUCAAUGCAAGAGCAGCAAUCCGCCAAGGAGUUGAGAAGUUGGGCAGUGCGCGAAUUACACAUCCAGCUUUUAUUUGGCCGCUGUUUAUGUAUGCUGUCGAAACUACUGAGGAGGAUGAUUUAGAGUGGGCAUUGGCCACAUUGCAAGGUAUACAGGAUCCAUGGUGGAAUUCCAAAAUGAUCACGGAUCUCGCAUCUGGUGUAGGCAGGGAACAGCUUAAAAAGAGCGAGAGGGUUGAUUCACGAUAUCUAUGUCUGGAAACGUUCGGUACUGUGCCACCGUAUAUAUAG